GCGGCGUGCUCCCUCGUCCUCCUCCUGGCCCUGCUGGGGCUGCGGGCACAGGUGACUUUAGCGUCAGGACAGUUUGAGUUGGAGAUCUUAUCCAUGCAAAAUGUGAAUGGUGAACUGCAAAAUGGAAAUUGCUGUGAUGGCACCCGAAACCCAGGAGACAGAAAAUGCACCAGAGACGAGUGUGAUACCUAUUUUAAAGUUUGCCUGAAGGAGUAUCAAUCACGGGUCACUGCUGGCGGUCCUUGCAGCUUCGGAUCCAAAUCCACUCCUGUCAUCGGAGGAAAUACCUUCAAUUUAAAGUACAGCCGGAAUAAUGAGAAGAACCGGAUUGUUAUCCCUUUCAGCUUCGCCUGGCCGAGAUCCUACACAUUGCUUGUUGAGGCAUGGGAUUACAAUGAUAACUCUACUAAUCCCGAUCGCAUUAUUGAGAAGGCAUCCCACUCUGGCAUGAUCAAUCCAAGCCGUCAGUGGCAGACUUUGAAACAUAAUGCAGGAGUUGCCCACUUUGAGUAUCAAAUCCGUGUGACUUGUGCAGAACAUUACUAUGGCUUUGGCUGCAACAAGUUUUGUCGACCAAGAGAUGACUUCUUCACUCACCAUACCUGCGACCAGAACGGCAACAAAACCUGCUUGGAAGGCUGGAUGGGACCAGAGUGCAACAAAGCUAUUUGUCGUCAGGGAUGUAGCCCCAAGCAUGGUUCUUGCACAAUUCCAGGAGAGUGCAGGUGUCAGUAUGGAUGGCAAGGCCAGUACUGUGAUAAGUGCAUUCCACACCCAGGAUGUGUCCAUGGCACUUGCAUUGAACCAUGGCAAUGCCUCUGUGAAACCAACUGGGGUGGUCAGCUCUGUGACAAAGAUCUGAACUACUGUGGAACCCACCCACCCUGUUUGAAUGGUGGUACCUGCAGCAACACUGGCCCCGAUAAAUACCAAUGUUCCUGCCCUGAGGGCUACUCGGGACAGAACUGUGAAAUCGCGGAGCACGCCUGCCUCUCCGACCCUUGUCACAAUGGAGGAAGCUGCUUAGAGACGCCGACAGGAUUUGAAUGUGUGUGUGCGCCUGGCUGGGCUGGACCAACUUGCACUGAUAAUAUUGAUGAUUGUUCUCCAAAUCCCUGUGGUCACGGAGGAACCUGCCAAGAUCUCGUUGAUGGAUUUAAGUGUAUUUGCCCACCUCAGUGGACUGGCAAAACGUGCCAGCUAGAUGCGAAUGAAUGUGAGGGCAAACCCUGUGUCAAUGCCAACUCCUGCAGGAACCUGAUUGGCAGCUACUAUUGUGACUGCAUUACUGGCUGGUCUGGCCACAACUGUGAGAUAAAUAUUAACGAUUGUCGUGGACAAUGUCAGAAUGGAGGAUCCUGUCGGGACUUGGUUAAUGGUUAUCGGUGUAUCUGUUCACCUGGCUAUGCAGGAGAUCACUGUGAGAAAGACAUCAAUGAAUGUGCGAGUAACCCUUGCAUGAAUGGGGGUCAUUGCCAGGAUGAAAUCAAUGGAUUCCAAUGUCUGUGUCCCGCUGGUUUCUCAGGAAACCUCUGUCAGCUGGACAUAGAUUACUGUGAGCCAAAUCCUUGCCAGAACGGUGCCCAGUGCUUCAAUCUUGCUAUGGAUUAUUUCUGUAACUGCCCUGAAGAUUACGAAGGGAAGAACUGCUCCCACUUGAAAGAUCACUGCCGCACAACUCCUUGUGAAGUAAUUGACAGCUGUACUGUGGCAGUCGCUUCUAACAGCACACCAGAAGGGGUUCGUUAUAUUUCUUCCAAUGUCUGUGGUCCUCACGGAAAGUGCAAGAGCCAAGCAGGUGGAAAAUUCACCUGUGAAUGCAACAAAGGAUUCACUGGCACCUACUGCCAUGAGAAUAUUAAUGACUGCGAGAGCAAUCCGUGUAAAAAUGGUGGCACUUGUAUCGAUGGCAUCAACUCCUACAAAUGUAUUUGUAGUGAUGGAUGGGAAGGAAUGUACUGUGAAACAAAUAUUAAUGACUGCAGUAAAAACCCUUGCCACAAUGGAGGAACUUGCCGAGACUUGGUCAACGACUUCUUCUGUGAAUGUAAAAAUGGGUGGAAAGGAAAAACUUGCCACUCCCGUGACAGCCAGUGCGAUGAGGCAACAUGCAACAAUGGAGGAACAUGUUAUGACGAGGGGGACACUUUCAAGUGCAUGUGUCCUGCAGGAUGGGAAGGAGCCACUUGCAAUAUAGCAAGGAACAGCAGCUGCCUGCCAAACCCCUGUCACAACGGUGGUACCUGUGUAGUCAGCGGGGAUUCUUUCACUUGUGUCUGCAAGGAGGGCUGGGAAGGACCCACGUGUACUCAGAACACAAACGACUGCAGUCCUCAUCCUUGUUAUAAUAGUGGCACUUGCGUGGAUGGAGACAACUGGUACCGCUGUGAAUGUGCUCCAGGCUUCGCAGGUCCCGACUGCAGGAUCAAUAUCAAUGAAUGCCAGUCUUCACCCUGUGCCUUUGGAGCUACGUGUGUAGAUGAAAUUAACGGGUACCGUUGCCUUUGCCCGCUGGGCCGUAGCGGUCCAGGAUGCCAAGAAGUCACAGGAAGGCCUUGCAUUACCAAUGUUCGAGUAAUGCCAGAUGGGGCCAAGUGGGAUGAUGACUGUAAUACCUGUCAGUGUGUGAAUGGAAAAGUCACCUGUUCUAAGGUUUGGUGUGGUCCUCGACCUUGUCUCAUACACGCCAAAGGCCACAACGAAUGCCCAACUGGACACGCCUGUGUUCCUGUUAAAGACGAUCACUGCUUCACUCGCCCUUGUGCUGCAGUGGGUGAAUGUUGGCCUUCGAAUCAACAGCCCGUGAAGACCAAAUGCAAUUCUGAUUCCUACUACCAAGACAACUGUGCCAACAUCACCUUUACCUUCAAUAAGGAAAUGAUGGUGCCAGGACUUACCACAGAGCACAUAUGCAGUGAAUUGAGGAAUCUGAAUAUUCUGAAGAAUGUUUCUGUUGAAUAUUCCAUCUAUAUCACCUGCGAGCCCUCACACUUGGCAAACAAUGAAAUACAUGUUGCUAUUUCUGCAGAAGAUAUAGGGGAAGAUGAAAACCCAAUCAAAGACAUCACAGAUAAGAUUAUUGACCUUGUCAGUAAGCGCGAUGGUAACAACACACUAAUUGCUGCAGUUGCGGAAGUCAGAGUACAGCGGCGACCGGUUAAAAACAAAACAGAUUUCUUGGUGCCCUUACUGAGCUCGGUCCUAACAGUAGCCUGGAUCUGUUGCCUGGUAACUGUUUUUUACUGGUGCAUUCGGAAGCGCCGAAAGCAGAGCAGCCAUACUCACACGGCGUCCGAUGACAACACUACCAACAACGUCAGGGAGCAGCUGAAUCAGAUAAAAAACCCCAUUGAGAAACAUGGGGCAAAUACUGUCCCAAUCAAAGACUACGAAAACAAAAACUCCAAAAUCGCCAAAAUAAGGACACACAAUUCAGAGGUGGAGGAAGACGACAUGGACAAACACCAGCAGAAGGCCCGCUUCGCCAAGCAGCCAGCGUACACUUUGGUAGACAGAGAUGAAAAGCCCCCCAACAGCACACCUACAAAACACCCAAACUGGACAAACAAACAGGACAACAGAGACUUGGAAAGCGCACAAAGCCUCAAUCGAAUGGAGUACAUUGUAUAG